UAGGUGAUUAAUUCCGCCUGUCAGAAUCCAGGCUUCUUCAUAAAUAAUAUACCGCAGUUUAUUCCGCGCCGUACGAGGACUGAUUUUCUUAUGCUAAUGUCGCGACGCUGGCGGUAUAAUCAAUCCCAAUGUCGCAGCCGCUGAAGAGGAGAGCUCGACAACGGAUAAUUAGGAGGAAUUCGCGAGAUAAGAAUUUUACAUGAUUGCGCGUCUUCCGCGCUUUUAUAUGUCUUCCGGCAUCGAGCCUCCGCGCGAACUCAUCGCGCUUCGCAGUUCGCAACGUUUCGCGAAUUUGUGUCUCGUUUGCAAUCGUAGUCUUAUCAUCGCUCCAAAAGACAGGAAAAAUAAACGUCAUUGGCCGCAACAUUGGUGCCUCUUUAGCGAGCACGUGAGAGAUGAAUCGCGCGGCGCACCGUCACACAAUUGCACAUGGAUACGUGCGGGAGGCCACACGGUCGGUUAUUAUGUCGCAGAUAUGGCUCGAAGGUAAUUAAUACUAUUGUUAUGAUUCAGAGACGGAUACGUCAUGUCCGUACUUUGGCACAGGCGAUCCUUCAGUCUUCGGUCGGAGCUCCGGAGUACAGGUUCGCGGCCGUUCCGCGUGUCUUCCGCGAUGCUCGCGCGCGUCAGACACACACGCCGCGUCCGUCGCCGCACGUUUCACCGCGCUUUAAAGCACUGUCCUCUAAGAGAUAACAACGUGCGCGUCGCUCGGUCGGCGAUAUUAACGACGUGAUACGGAACGGAAUGUAACGCUCUCGAUCGUGCAGUUCCGCGAUAAUAAUAAUAAGCCGCUAUACCGCGGCGAUGUCUAGACGAUUAAUUUAUAAUUCAAACGAUCGUGCGAUUAUCGCGCAUACGGGAACUUGUACGCGAACAGAGUUAGAAGUGAAUUAUACGUGCGAUGUAAUACAUAUACCUUGACGUACCUGCAGCGUGUGCCUUCGAGUAUCCGAUCGAAUCGCUCAACACAUCUUGUCGAAAGUGAUGGACACGGAUGAUAAUGCGUAAGCAUUCCAAGAGACAGUCGUGAUUUCCUAUUGUACAACUCUCUACCAUCCGGCGGAAUAAGGGCCGGAGAGUCGUCCGAGAGAUGAGCGCUCUCGUCGAUUGCGUCCAGAGCGAGAAAACGCCGAGUGCCGUCGUGCAGGGUCAUGCGAGAUUAAACACGAGCACCUCGCUCAGCGAUAUGGGGGAGGACGUGAGAGGUAGCAAAUUCAACAAGUCAACUCAGAGCGAUAUCUCGCAAUCCUCGGCGUGGAGGCUCCCCUGCGGUGGACAGAGAUCCAGACCGAUGUCCCUGGCGUAUCUGCCGACGAAGCAGCAGAUCCCGAUGAGCGAAUCGAGCCUCUCCUCCUCGCACAGCUCCAGAAGCACCCUGUACCCCGUUCAGAGCGAGCUCGUCUUAUCGUCUAGAAAUAGGCACAACAACAAUAGAUACGUAUCACUGGACAUGAGAUCGAUCAACAAUCUCCCGUAUCCCGGUUCGUACUCCAGUAGCCACAUUUUAGGCAAUACUACACCGUACACGUGUUGCUGUACGUGCGGCGCGAGUUCGCAAAUCCCGCCGCCGCCGGCGGCACCGUUUUCGCAAACUGAAACCGACGACCACGACGGGCCCGAGAGUCUCUCGUGGAGGAGACUUCACAUGAGCAGGGCGAAGCUGAAAGCAACUGCGACCACAUCUGAGCUUCUCAGUGGAUUCGCAAUGGUGGCGAUGGUGGAACUGCAAAUAAAUGAACCGACCGCGGUUCCGGAAUGGCUGUUUGUAAUGUUCGCCGUCUGCACCACUUUCUUGGUAUCCGUGCAUAUCUUCGCGUUGAUGAUCAGCACGUAUCUUUUACCCAAUAUCGAAGCCAUAAGUAAACUUCAAGUCUCACGACUUAUAACGGAGUCGCCCCACGAGAGGAUGCGCGGUUUCAUCGAAUUGGCCUGGGCAUUUUCCACGAUACUCGGACUGUUUCUCUUUCUGGUAGAGGUGGCUAUUCUCUGCUGGGUCAAGUUCUGGGACUAUUCCUUUACCGCCGCCACUGCCAGCACCGUGAUAGUCAUCCCCGUGCUCAUAGUCUUCGUCGCAUUCGCUGUUCACUUUUAUCACUCUCUAGUAGUUCAGAAGUGUGAAAGUGCGGUGUCGGAUAUGAAAGAUUUGGAGAGUAUAAAGAGGAACUUGGACAAUGUGACAAUAGGGCAAACUAGCGUAUAAGUUUGAGACAAUAAUAUCCCUAAUAUAUACGCAAAUAAUUAUACAAAAAUAAAAGAGAAUGCAUUCAAGUAUUAAGCUAAUAGGAAUAUCGUAUUGUAAUUGGAAUGUAAAUUAAUUUGUGGCAGGCAGGAAUACUCAGGUUUAAAAAGUAGGUGCUAUUUCUUCAAAUUUAAAAAACAUAUUUUUAAUCAGAGUGACGUAAGAAAAGAACACUAUGUGUGGAUUUUUGUUAUCAAUAACUUUACUUUUCAAACGCGACCAUGUGAAAAUGGUCAAGUUUUAUUAUAUAUAAAAAUGUACAUAGCUGUACACAUGCAAGUCGAGAAUUGCAACAGUACAAGCAAGUGCUCUUUAGUAUAUUACCUAUAUAAUAUCCAGCAUUUAAUAAUAUCUGUGUGUAUACGGUUUAACUCUUGAUUUUUAUUUAAACCUGUUCCUUGAUCAUUCUGUCACUAUCAUGUGUCGUAUCGCUAAUAUAUAUAGUAUCCUUUUUUUUCAUCGCGUCACUUAGUUUGUGGAAAAACUGAAGGACAAUGGCUGCAUUCGGGGAA